CGUACGUUAUCUUCAACAACUGGAAGCGCGCUUACAGCUUUUUGGUUGAGAUAAUUUGAUGCAUCUCCUUAAACCCCAGAGAUUUUAAGGUCUGUAUUCCUUUCAUGUCAAAAAUUUGAGUUGAUAAACCCUAGUUCCCCAUGUGAUGGCCAUCUCAACCGGCCUGGGUAUUUCUCGUCUUCCAUCCCUCUCUCUCCGUUACCCUUUCCGCCACUGUGCUCUUCAGGUAAGGCUGGGCUGUGCUGCUGCUUCGGUUGAAGCAUUCGACGAUACGGAGAAUGACAAAUCAUUUGAUAAUUUGAGUGGUCGCGAUGCAUGUCGAAAGGAUUGGAAGAAGUUGAAGUCUGAAGACCUUGGAAUUAGGACUUCCAAAAUUUCGAGGCCCACAAGAGUGGUUCUUAAUGGCCUUAAAAAAAGAGGCUUUGAAGUAUAUCUAGUUGGAGGAUGCGUAAGGGAUCUAAUAUUGAGACGAGUGCCUAAAGAUUUUGAUGUAUUAACCUCAGCCGAACUUAAAGAUGUGAUGAGGACAUUUUCUCGAUGUGAGAUGAUUGGACGGCGGUUUCCUAUCUGUCAUGUGCACAUUGAUGAUACUAUUGUGGAGGUUUCAAGCUUUAGUACCCGUGCAACAAGGUACGGGAGGUUCUUGAGUUUGGACCCUGAGAAGCCUGUUGGCUGUGAUGAGAAGGACUAUAUUCGCUGGAGAAACUGCCUUGAGAGGGAUUUCACGAUAAAUGGAUUGAUGUUUGACCCUUAUGCAAAGUUGAUAUAUGACUACACGGGUGGAGUAAAUGACAUCCGGAAAGCUAAGAUCCGGACCAUCAAGCCUGCUAAUCUUUCCUUGACUGAGGAUUGUGCUCGUAUUCUUCGUGCUGUCAGAAUUGCUGCUCGAUUGGAUUUUAGACUUUCAAGGGAGACUGCUCUGGCAGUGAGAAGGUUAUCUGCUACAGUUCUAAGGCUUGAUCGGGGAAGGCUUCUCAUGGAAGUCAACUACAUGUUGGCUUAUGGUUCCGCAGAGGCCUCAUUGAGAUCAUUAUGGAAGCUCGGUCUUUUGGAAAUACUUCUGCCUAUUCAGGCUGCCUAUUUUGUCAGCAAUGGUUUUCGCAGACGUGACAAGCGUUAUAACAUGCUUUUGUCUUUAUGCUCCAACCUCGAUAAACUUCUUGCCCCUGACAGACCAUGUCACAGUAGCUUAUGGUUUGCUAUUCUAGCAUUUCACGAAGCACUCUCGACACAACCAAGGGAUCCUCUUGUAGUUGCUGCAUUCAGCCUUGCAGUCCACAAUGGCGGAGACCUAUCAGAAGCUUUAAGCAUUGCAAGACGUAUCAAUAAACAACAUGAAAUAAGUUUUGAGGAACUAUUGGAACCGAAAUACAUGGAAUCCAAUGUGUUGUUGGAUGAGGUUAAAGAUUUAGCAGCUUCGGUCCGAAGUGCCCUUCACCAUAUGACAGAUGAUUAUUUUGUCUCCCAGGCAAUGGCUAAAUAUCCAAAAGCUCCGUAUUCAGAUGUUGUAUUUAUCCCAAUGGCACUAUACUUGAGGGUUUGGAAGAUGUUUGAAUGUGUUGCAGGUGGGAGGGAAAAGGGAUUUGUACCAAAAAAUGGUAGUAAGAUCGACUAUGAGUUGUUAGCUAUGGGAAGUCUAAAGGAAGUUAGACAUGCAUUUGCAAGAGUCGUAUUUGAUACCAUAUACCCAAUUGAUAAGUACAUAGAUGAUUAACUUAUACAAAAAAGUGAGUGAAGAAAGCAACGGUAACACACCAGGCCCGUAUUCACGUGAUAAAUGACCCAACAGAAACAAGGAAGUCGCUGAAAUUCUGCACCUGAGGAUAGCGACGCUACAAAGACUAUCCCAAUCCUGGUUCGGAUGUUUUUCAUUGAUUAGGUUCCGAGUCUUGUUCCUUUUGUGUAAUCUUGUUACUAGCUACUCAUUCUUUCCUUCAAUGCAAAUAAAAGUUAUAUUCAGUAGCACAGAAA